GUUGAUUUUGAAAUAAAGUAACACAGAUUGCUGCUAUCCAUUCAUGAACCCCCAAUCUUGUCCGUUUCUUCAGUUUUCUCUCUCUACAACGUGCUAUAACCCACAAUAUACACAGGCGCGUAUAUAUAUACACACACACAUUUAUCCGGUAGAUAUCCGACAAUUAUUCGGCAAUUAUCCGGCGAAUUCUUCAAUCAGGCCGUCUCAAUCCUCGACGGGGCGGGGGACCCACUGAACAACCCGUUUUAACGAAGUAGAUAUGCAAGUGGGUGGAGCAAGAGACUCCCAAUUCGGCGACAGCUGUAACCCGAAGGUCCACCCGCAACCUAUGGAAGAGACCGCAAACCAAAAUCCCGAACCUGUUGAAGCUUUAGUUUCAAGAAUAUUCACAAACAUAUCUUCAUUAAAAUCAGCAUAUAUUCGACUUCAAGCCGCCCACACUCCUUACGACCCUGAAAAGAUCCAAGCCGCGGAUAAACUCGUAAUUUCAGAACUUAAAAAUCUCUCUGAACUUAAACAUUUUUACCGACAGAACAACCCGCAAUCCACAUAUAUAUCUUCUCAAGAUUCUCGUUUAGCUGCCGAAAUUCAAGAACAACAGUCUCUUUUAAAGACAUAUGAAGUUAUGGUAAAGAAGUUCCAAUCGGAAAUUCACAAUAAAGAUUCCGAAAUUCUUCAAUUACAGCAGCAUAUUCAAGAGGCAACGUUAAAACGGGCUAAACUCGAAAAGAAUCUCAAAAUGCGGGGUUUGUCGUCAUCUUCUAAAGAUUCUGAUGCCUCGGUUGGUGAAAACGGGUCGUUUUCUACAGAUUUGACACCCGAGCUUUUUAAGUCAACCGUUGAAAUUGCUUCGAAAGCUAUUCAUGAUUUUUCGAAACCGUUGAUCAACAUGAUGAAAGCUGCUGGUUGGGACCUUGAUGCAGCUGCUAACUCGAUUGAACCUGAUAUCGCGUAUGCGAAACGGGCCCACAAGAAAUACGCAUUCGAAUAUCAUAUUUGCCAAAAGAUGUUUAGCGGGUUUCAACAAGAACACUUCGGUCUCAAAUCCGAAACCGAUUCUAGCACUAGCAAAGAAAGCUUUUUUCAACAGUAUCUCGCUUUACGGGAAAUGGAUCCACUUGAUUAUGUCGGGUCAAACCCGGAUUCAGAUUUUGGUAAGUUUUGUAGAAGCAAGUACAUACUUAUGGUGCACCCGAAAAUGGAAGCUUCUUUUUUCGGUAAUUUGGAUCAUAGAAACUAUAUAAUGGGUGGUGGACAUCCAAGGACACCGUUUUAUCUAGCGUUUCUAAAACUAGCGAAAGCUAUUUGGCUUUUGCAACAUUUGGCCCGAUCGUUUGACCCGGAAGUCAAGGUUUUUCAGGUGAGUAAAGGAAGUGAGUUUUCGGAGGUUUAUAUGGACAGUGUGGUGAAGAAUUUUGUUGUUGUUGAUGAAAAUGGUGAGAAACCGAAAGUCGGGUUGAUGGUGAUGCCUGGUUUUGGGAUCGGUGGAAGUGUGAUUCAGUGUCGGGUUUACCUGACGGGAAUCAAGGAAAUCGAAUAGAACGCGGUACUCGGCCUUUGGUUAUCUUAAAAAUGGUGUAAGAUGAAAUGUGAAUGUGUAUCAUGGUGUGUAUGUGUUGUUAUGUUUGUUUUAAUCUGUGUGGGUAUUUGGUUAAUAUAGUUGUUAUGAAUGAAUUUGUUGUCAUAUUGGCCAAAGGCCCUCUUUUCAA